GCAGCUACGAGCGCGGGUCCUUCGCAGGUCUUUUGAGUGCAUGUGGCGCGAUAUGAGAAACCGAGCGGAGCCGCAGUUUGACAGCAGGAGAACCGGACUCGGGUAAAAACCACCGCUCGGCUCGUUUCUUCAUCCCGGCGACAUGUUUUCCACGGAGCAGAGCUGCUGGUUCAUCCGGAAGGUGAUUUGCUGGAGAGCUGCGGCCAGUAUUGCCUGGGCUGUCCUGUUGUUGCCUCCCAUCACGGCGGUUUUUGUAAUCCUCAGCAGGUUCAGUCUUCUUCACCCCAUCCACACGUUAUCAGAAUGCUUCUCCUUACUCACGAGUGCGAGUGCCAUCUUCUCCUUCAUCCUGCUGUGUGGAGUGAUCCUCAUGGUGGGCUUCCUGAACCUGGAGUAUUAUACAGUCAUCCCAACCAUCGCAUGCUCAAAAAUCGCCAUGCUGGGACAACUGCUUCACCCUCGUCAGAUUUUGAACUCCUUGGCCCACUGCAUCAUGGGAAUAGUUGUGGCCUGGUCUUGUGCUGUCACCAUCGGGGGCAGAUAUGAGAAACUCGGUUACACGUGUAUGCAGAGUGAAGGUCCCCCUCAGAUGUGUCUGAAUGAGUAUCACCUCGUCUUUCUGCUGGCUGGAGCCUUCGUUGGAUUGUCUCACAGUCUAUUGGGUGUGAUCCAUAACAUGAACUAUGUCUCCUUCCACACUGUUCAGCAAUACAAAUACCUCCGCUUCAAGGGAUCGCUGCCUCUGGUGGUGAAAUGCAGCGCCACUCAAGCACUUUACUCUGUCAGGAACUUCAUUGUUGUGUAUUUCUUUUUGGGAUACAUUCCAAGAGUAUGGAUCUGUAAAACACUGAAUCUUCAUUUGAACAGCUCCAUCCACCCUCUUGACAGCAUAGCAGGCCUGUUGGACCUCUCCCUGCUCUACCAACUGUGGAUCAGUGCCACCUUCCUCCUCUUUACAUGGUACAUCACACUGCUGCUCUUUAGGAUCUUUGUCACUGAGGUGUACAGUUUUCCCGUGCAGUCUUCUUUUACUGAAGAUGCCCACCAGUGUCUACCCAAAGUUGUGACAGACCAGCAGCCAAUAAUAUUAAAGUUCUUGGCUCUGCAGGACUUGGCUCUGCUGUCUCAACACUCCCCAUCACGGCGCUAUGAGGUCUUCAGUCUGAGUCAGCCAGGUGGCCAUCCUCACAACUGGAACGCCAUCAGUCGGGAGUGUCUGUCGCUGCUGGCUGAUCUGACCCAGAGACUUGUCGCCUAUCAUGACACUGUAGCAACCAAUGGCAGGGCCAAGUCACUGUCUACUGGUAGUGAGAGGAAGACUUCAUCUGAGACAUCAGUAACCUCAGGUUCAGAGGAUUUCAUGUCCCCAAGGCCCAAUCUGCUGAUGAAAACUCCAGCAUCAGUCUUUGCCCGCUCCAUUGUCGGAGGCCCGCAGAGUCCUCUGACGGCACCUUUCACUCCCGACCUGGACAGCCCCUUCGCCUCUCCGGCCCUGCGGCGCCUCACUGCUCCAGUAGAACAAUGCUCACCGUGGCACGGCUCGGUGCAGAGCCCGCACAUCAUGAGGAGGGGGCCAAAACUCUGGUCCACCUCCACAGAUGCACAGGUCAAUGGCAGCCCCCCACCACCAUCUCCUGCCUCAGUCCCCAGUCCCCAGCAGGAACCCUCUAAACCAAGUCUACUGGCUCAGUUCCUCCAGAACAGAAAAGAACAGGUUAAACAUUUCUUGGCAAAGCGGGUGCUGAUAAUGUAUUUGUUUAACAAGCUUCCGGAGGCCUCCAGUCAGGCUCUCUUCGCUGACAGCCAGGCUCACAUCUGGGCUUUAGAAGGUCUGUCUUAUCUGGUUCAAGCCUCCUUCUCAGAGGACCAGUUUGGGGUUGUACAGACCACGUUACCCAGCAUUCUCGGCUGCAUGCUGGUCCUGCAAGAGGCUGUAGACCGUCACUUCAAGCUUCCUCACGCCUCCAGUAAACCCCUCAGGUCGAGCAGCAGCAUGGGAGACUCCAAUUACAAAACACUGCGCUUUGCUCUCAGGGCCACACUCAAGACGUCCAUCUACAGGAUAACAACCACGUUUGGAGACCACUUAAAUGCUGUUCAGAUGUCGGCUGAGCACCGGAAAAGACUGCAGCAGUUUCUGGAGUACAAAGAAUAACCAGCUGACACUUGUGGCUUCUGUGCCUUUUUGGAUUCUUAUCAGUGUGAAGUGAACACAUUGGUUUACAUGAGAUAACAAGCGAAAGCCCGUGAUAGUGCCUCUUUUAAUAUUUAUGCACUAUGUCCAGGAGGAUUGUAUUCGACACGCUAGCUCACGUCUCCUACGUACACGAGGAUUCCAGAGUGAGAAAGACUCGCCUCUUGUGUUCGGGAUUAUUGAAACCAGCCGACUGCACGGAUCAGCAGCUCAAAGAUACUGGUUUGAUUUGUACCACAAAAUAAUAUCACUGUAAUGUUUGAGUUUUGUUGAUUUGGAUGAGUUGUAAACAGCUGUUUAUUCUGCUUUAUGGUUUCAUACUUUAAUGACAUCUGCUUAAAUGAUAUCCUUGUGAUUUCCUUAAACAUUUUGGAUGGAAUGGAAGAAAUGGCCGACAUUGUUUAAAGUAGCAGGCAGGAAAAUAUGUCUUAGAGAUCUCUUCAGUUCACAGGUGUCCGACUUGUGUUUUUUCUCUGAUCUGGUUUUGUUCAUCCAGGGAAAUUGUGUUCAUCAGUCCAGGUUGUGAAUCUAGGAAAUGCACCACAUAAAAUGUUCAGAUCACGUGUUUUGUCAGUUUUGUCCAUGUGAAACGAGGCUGUCCUUUAUCAGUUUAUUGAGUGUGUUUGGUUGUGACUGGUUACAGUUGUUGGUCACUGCCAACUUGAGUUUGAGUUUUCACUCGGAGACUUGUUGAAUAAAAACUUCAUAAGGAAA